GGUUAAUAUAGGCGUUAAAAUCGGACUCUGAUGAGAAUAUUUUAAAAAAGGAUUGUAGAUCAACAAAAUCGGGCUUUUGGUGGCAAUGAAUGGUGUCAUCUGAUGUCAAAAUUGACAUUUAUUGGCAAGUAAACGGUAUCGGAGAUGGAGGGGGCGGAAAACAGGGAAGUCUUGUUACGAGGGGUUCCCAUGUUGCGCAUGCGCAGUCGACAUUGGUCUCGCCGCUUAUUAAUUUUUAAUGGAAAAUGGCUGCUUUUCUCAUCCAAAGCCGCGGAGCCAGAAGAUGAAAAAGAAUAUUAAAAAAUAGCGUAGUAUUUUUAACCUAUAAUUAACGCCUUGACGUUUCCAAAAAUCUGCUCGAGAAGCAGACGAAAGCGGAGUCGUUGAGACAUUAGUGAGGGGGGCAAAUGGACCCGUUUGCGCUCUGAGGGGUGAAUUUUUUCUUUUUAUUUUUUUGCUCCUUAACUCCUUCCGCGCCUACGCCAAACCACCAGUAAAUUAAGAAGAUGAUGCGCCAGGUGACGAGUGGUGACUUCUGCAUGAACGCCCGGCCAUCGUGCCUGGCCGAAGACGCCCACCACGCCGCAGCGCACUUCGACCUAUGCCCCGCGCCGGCCAACAAGUUCUACCCUACGCCGCCUCCGUCUGUUCAGAUGACACUAGGCCCCGUGGUGCUGUCCAACCCUGGGCUGAAACCAAUGCUGUGCCCCCGACAAGACGUCCUUGGCUCCUCCAAGCUCCCCACCUCCAAAAACGGUGAUCCAGCGAAUGACGGUAAGAAGAAGAACAAAGGUGCCGGGAAAACGGGGCGGCGCGGUCGCCCAUUGGGCACUACCAAGCUGGCCGGCUACCGGACCAGCACGGGGCGCCCGCUAGGCACCACCCGCGCCGCUGGAUUCAAAACAAGCCCUGGGCGGCCGCUGGGCACCACCAGGGCGGCGGGCUACAAGGUGAGUCCCGGGCGGCCCCCAGGUAGUAUCAAGGGCCUCUCCCGCCUCAACAAACUGCCGUACGGAGGGUCGUGCAGCGGGGCUGCUUUCCCGUACCCAUUACCGCACAAGGAGAUCCUCUGUGAACCCUCCUGCGAGGACAAGCCCCCUACUGAGUGAGGUAUCCCCAAUGAAGUUUUUUAAUCAACAUUCUCUGCGUUUUUUUCUAAUAUAUCAUAAACAAUAUUAGGAUACACUACCUAGGGCGUGUUGAACUACUUCUUAGGAAUGACGUGCGAUGAAGGCACCAUGAAUGUUGUGUUCACUGACAACAUUUUGGGGAAAAGGGAAGCCAUCAGUCUGGAGAUUAAAUCAGCAUGAAGUGGCGGCGUGGCUAAAUUUCGGGCAGGUUUGGGUUCAGUACGAAUGGGCGAGUGAGUGUUUUUUAAUAUAACAUCAAUAUUGGGUUUCCCCUAAAAAAAAAAAAAAAAACUUUUCAUGUCUGAAAGACACCAAUUUAGGACACCUGUGUAAUAUUUAGGAGAAAAAAGGAAUCCAGUCUGUGUUUGUGUGUGUCUAAUACAAAAAAUGCAUGUGGGUCAAAUUGUUGUGUAAAUACUAACAAGUGUCAGUGACAUCAUUUUGAAGCCAUUUGAGCCACUACCGCUUGCAUUUGUCUUAUAUUUAUGUAAUUUAAUGAUUAUUCAUGUUUUCGAUUGGCCAGCGACCAGUUUUUUUUUUUGACAAAAGUCCUGUUAUUUCAUUUUGUGGGUUCAAAAGAAAGAGACAUUGGAUUAUUAAUUUGUUCUAAGAAUAAAAUCUUCCAUCCAAGGUUUUCGGGAUUACAAUAGUAGUUUGAGAAAGAUCUUUUUAAACACUAAUAACACUUUGUUUUAUUAUUUAUUUUUUCUUAUUUGUAUUUUCUCAAAGAGAAUAUAUUAAUUGAUUUUUAUAAUUUUUGGUUCAAUAAAAAUCAAUAUUUUUAAAUUCACAUUUUAAAAGUUAUCACCAAUAUUUUGUUGAUGCAGUGUAUGAAUUAGAAAAAUAAAUAUAAUUUUUAUUUCAUAUUUAAUUUUUAUUUUGUUGAUGUAGUGUAUGAAUUAGAAAAAUAAAUAUAAUUUUUAUUUCAGAUUUAAUAAAAAAAAAAAUAUAUUAAUUUAUUAUUUUACUUUAUUUAUAUCUACAGUUCGUUUUUUUUUUCUCUCUUUUUUUUUUUUUACUUUUAGUUAAGUCCCCUAAAUUCACAGUUGUUGCGCUACAUGCACGAAUGUAAGUCUAAUUUUAAUAUGCAAAAUCUAUUAGUAAGAAGCAUUUUAAUAACUAUUUCAAAAAUAAAAAACAAUAAAAGUACAGUUUAGAAAAAAUCUCAAUCGCUCAGUGGUUAAUUAAGUCAAUUUUCCUAUUUUUCGUCAUCGUUCAAAGCCUAAAGCCGACUAAUUGCCCAUGCCUUUUUGCUAAUUCGUCUUCCAAUUAACUCGUUUAACCCUUACAAAGGCUGCAUAUCAAUUCCAACACUCCCAGAAUGUUGAGUUUGGCACAGUAAGCAUGUCACAUGUAUUUUACGCUAUUAAAACGCUAGCAUUUCAAUGAAUGUGUGUGUGGCUCGCCUGGACCAAAGAAUGUGAAUGAUGUAAUCAUCAUGGGACACUAAAUUGAUAUCAACUCGAGUGUUUGUGGUGGGAGAACAAAAAGCUGUUUAGAAGGCAACCAUCUGAACACAUUGUAAAUGUUUCUCAAGUCAGAUUUUUUUUUCUUUUUUCAGUUUUUAGGCAAUACAGUAUUUCUGAAAUGUUACAGUACAAUAGUUCAACUUUGGAAAUCAAUUCACAAAUGCUCAUUGUAUUACAAGUGCAUCUUAAUAAGUUACAGUUAAUUAAUAAUAACUUGUUCCUCCACUUCUUCUUGUUCAUUUGUCCUUUUUAUACAUUUAUAUAGUGACACUCAUGCGCCAACCCACCAGACCCUGCCUCUUAAAGGUAUGACUGUACUUACAUUUUUAAAUGUAUUUUAUGCUUAAAGUGUGUGUGUGUGUGUGUGUGUGUGUGUGGGGGGGGGGGGUUACAUUCACAAGGCAUUUUAAGCUGUACGUUUCAAUGUAUUUUAAGCACGUAUGAGAGGUAAAAUUUGACAUAUUUUUAUUUAAUUGCUGAUAAUUCCGGUAAUUAUCCCCCAUGAUAUUCAAAUUUAUUUAGAUGCACCUGUAUAUACUGUAUAAGCAUUUGUUAUGAUUCAUACAAAUAAGUGACGUGAAAAUGGAUGGAUAAAAGAAAUAGUCUGUACUGUUUCUUUUAUCACAUUUGAACACAUUUUGGACUCGAUUAUGUAUAAAAAUGUCAGGAAAACAUGAACACAAAUGGACUGCACUUGGUUGUAGGUAUUUCCUCCUGUUGCCGAAAACUGUUUAAAAACGAGACUUGUAUAUAAUGUCUACAAGCUUAAAGGGAAUGGUAACACGAGCGGGGAAAAAAAGAAAAAAAGGCGACUUGUAUAUAUAGUUGUUCAUUUUACUACUGCAUGUUUGUUGUGGAAUGUCAAAGAAUUGUGGAAUAAACAGAAAAGU